AUGGAUCAAGCCAUGAUGGAGAAUCCUGUCACAUUGGUGAUCAAAGCUCCAAAUCAGAAAUAUGAUGACCAAACCAUUAAUUGCUUCCUAGACUGGACAGUAGAAAAACUAAAGACGCAUCUCUCAAAGGUUUAUCCCAGCAAACCGUUAACCAAGGAUCAGCGACUUGUAUAUUCUGGUAAACUCCUCCUUGAUCACCUGCAGUUGAAAGAUGUUCUCAGGAAACAAGAUGAAUAUCACAUGGUUCAUUUAGUAUGUGCCUCCAGGACGCCUCCUAACUCCCCGAAACCAAGCACCAGCAGAGAAAACGCUAGAGCUGCAAGCACCAGCAGUAAAUCAGGCUCAGAGCACUCAGGAUCCGCUUCCCCGGUAUCUGCAAGUCAGGAUAUGCCGUCCACAUCAUCAAAUCAUAGAAACGAGGAGAGCUUGAGACACCGCCAUGCCUCCCACUCAUCUGCCAAUACCAUGCAUGACUACUUUUCAUACAACAACAACAACAACACGUUGGGAAUCCUAUUCCUGGACAGGGAGCUCCAGCAGUAUUUCCAGCAUAUUCAGUCUUCAGCCCUUUGCAAAUGAUGUGGUGGCAGCAGAUGUAUGCUCGACAGUACUACAUGCAAUAUCAAGCUGUGGCUUCCAACCAAGGACCUACUGCAACUCCCACCAUCAAUUCAGAUCAACCUCCUACAAACCCUCCAAGAGCAGCUCCAAACAUUGCUCCAGAAGUGAACCAAAAUGUCCAAAUGAAUGUUCAAGGCGGCGCUGUUAUGAACGAAGAAGACAUUAACCGUGAUUGGCUAGACUGGAUUUACACUGUGUCCCGAGCAGCUAUUCUUCUUAGCAUAGUUUACUUCUAUUCAUCAUUCAGUCGAUUUGUUAUGGUCAUGGGAGCUAUGAUACUUGUUUACAUGCACCAAGCUGGAUGGUUUCCUUUUAGACAAGAAGAAGGUCAGCCACAAGCAAGAGACAAUGCAGCGGAUGUGAAUCAAGACAGAGUGAACAACAAUGAGCUCUUGGAAAUGGAGCAUCGUAUGGAUGAAGGUAUUCAAGAGGAAGGAGCAGAUGAUGUGGCAGAUGAGGCUGCGGCUCCUCAUCCAGGAAUUGUGGCAUCAGCUUGGUCAUUUAUAACCACGUUUUUCACCUCCCUUAUACCUGAGGGACCCCCACAAGUAAACUAG